AUGGGCAACGAAGACAUCAACCGCAAGGACGUUUCGACUCAGAAAGACUGGCCUGAUGAUGAGAACAACCCUUUCGUCGCCUUCCGGCGCUACGCCGAUGAACAGGUCUCCACCAUGCUUCAAUCUAUCACGGGCCUCCCUUCGAUGGUAACACAACCUCACAACGGUCAUUGGGAUAUAUUUGCGGAUAAUCAAGGCUAUCAGAAUCAGAUGGCUCGUCAAAGAACCAGUGAUAAUACGGACAACAGCAGCUAUCCAACAGACCAAGACAGUGGAAGUGGGUAUCCAGGUAACCGAGAUGGAGAUGAUCCACGCAACUACGGGAGUAAUUCACGCCCACGAUGGCCUGAGAAUGACGAUUCAUGGAAAAAGUGGUCUAAUGGACCAUCUGACUUCUUCGGCCUCGAUUCCUUCUUCGACCGGUUCUUCGAGGAUCGGUUCUUCCCUUUCGCAUCGCAACUCCUACACUCUGGCCACAACCUUCUUCUCCGGGAUAUGUUUGAGGACACUGACUCGCCAGCCUGGCCGAUCGGGUAUAUCCUGUUCAGCCCAUACUCGCCUCUCCACCUAGAACGUCAAGCACAAUACCAAGCGCAACAGGAAAAGGGCGUUUUCUCAUCUCUCAUGUCAUCUUUGCAUCUCAACUCCGACCGUGACCCUUCCGAGCCACAGUGGCGAGAAGCCUUUGAGGAUUUACUUCGACUCGAGAACGAUAAGUCCAUGCUCGAUCGCAAUGCAUCCAUCACGAGAUCCGAGUCCGGAAAGGACUGGCUACAAGGGCUUGUUAAAAGAGGUAGCCUGGGAGAUAAGUGGAAGUAUGUGUAUGGCAGAGAUGGCCAGCCUUGGUCUGGCGUCACGUUCUCUGGUCGUGCAGCCCCAGAGCAGGAACGGUCUCCGUCUCGAUCUCUACCCGAGAAAGAGAAAGAAUCUACAGAUAUGAAGGAAGCUGAGAGCGAGCUGGACCUAUACGAACGCUUCUUGCAUGACAUUGAAAACCGCGAACGUGAAUUCUUCCGCGGCGUCUCCGAAAGCCCUCUUCUGCGUCUCCUCCUGGAGGAGCGACGUGACCAACAGGAAGAACUUGAGAAAUACAGGCGCAGCCCUCCGAAGGCCGAAGACCAACACAGCCAUGAGGAUAAUGAGAACUGGAUCGAUCUUGUGUCUGGCGGGAACAAGAAAUCUGUUCCUGAAACACCCAGGGAUUCACCCACCCAAAUUGACGCCAAACCAACUGGAGCUGUCUCGGAACCAGCGCAGCCUCGUGUCAUCUCCACUAUGACCCGAACGGAACGCGUGCGGCUUCCCGAUGGCUCGGUUGAGAGCAAGAUCGUCAAUACAAGGCGUUUCGCAGAUGGCCGAGAGGAAAGUGACGAGUCUGUUGAGGUGUCUCGUCCCCAGGAAGGUUUGGAUUCUAGACCUGAGUCCGACAAGCCGAAGAACGGUUGGUUCUGGAAAGACUAA